AUGGCAAGCAAAAAUAUCAAUGGCAAUGCCAAUGGCUCUGCGCGUCCCCUUAACGUCGCCGUUGUGGGCGGUGGCAUUAUCGGCGUGAUGACCGCCAUCGGUCUGCGACGCCGCGGCAUUCACGCAAUCAUUUACGAGCGAGCACAAACCUGGCAUGAGGUCAGCGCCGGUAUGGCAUUCACCGGCGCCGCGCGAGAAUGGAUGCAGCAGAUCGAUCCGGCUCUCGUCGAGCUCCUUGCAAACAUCAGCCAGAAGACAGACGCCGCCAGCAGCAACGCCUACUGGAACGCUUACCACCCCCGGACAAAAGAGGAUGCCGAAGACGAGUCCAAAUCGCUUCUUUUCCGCAUCCCAGUGAAUAAUCUCGAUUUCUGGGGCUGCGUUCGCUCGCAACUCCUGAAGGGUAUGGCAGACUUGUUGCCCGAGGGAGCGGCCGUUUUUGGCAAGCAGCUUCUCAACUACAUCGACGACGAGCAGAGCGGCAACGUCGUCCUGCAUUUCGCUGACGGCACUACCGCCGAGGCCGAUGUCUUGCUGGGAUGUGAUGGCAUCCACUCCGUCACGCGUGCAGUUCUCUUGGGCGCCGACCACCCAGCCAGCCGUGCUGGUUUCAGUCACACCGUGGCCUACCGCACCAUGGUCCCCAUUGAGCUGGGCAUCAAGGCUCUGGGCGAGAAGGUGGCGAAGAGCGCGUGUAAUCACUUGGGCCCCAACGCUGAUCUGCUCGUGUACCCGGUCAUGUCCGGCACACUUCUCAACAUGGCCGUGUUCGCUCACGAAGAAGCCGAGUUUCCCGACCCCGACAAAAUGACGGUCCAUGUCGACAGAACCGAGAUUCAAAAGCUAUUUGAUGGCUGGAGUCCACAGGUCGCCGACAUCUGGAAGCUCUAUCCGGAGAAGGUCGUCAAGUGGGGAAUCUUUGAUCUGGAGGCAAACCCUCCACCGACGUAUGCGGGAGGUCGUGCAUGUCUCGUCGGUGACGCCGCGCACGCCAGCACGCCAUAUCUGGGAGUCGGCGCUUGCACCGGUGUUGAAGACGCGUUGGUGGUCUGCACGCUUUUGGAAUCGGUACAGCAGAAGGCAUUGAGCGGCGAGGCGUUGAAAGAGGCACUUCGAGAUGCGCUCCAAACCUACAGUGCCGCUCGAUUGGACCGUGGGCGAUGGAUCCACCACCACUCGCGCCAGAUGGUGGACGGUGUCGAGAUUCUCGUUGAUGUGGGUCCAGACCUUGCUGCGCAGCUCGUCGUAGCCGUUGCACACCUUGAAGGCAAUGUCGGUGUACACGUCCGGGGUGACGCUGGAUUGGAGGAGUUCUUCGCAGGAUUGGUCGAUCGAGGCGAAGGCGCGGUAGCACGCGUCGGCAAUGGCGUCGCGGUCGCUCAGAGGCGGCCCGGGGAGUUUGGCGGCGAGAGGCGUGCCGUUUUGCACCAUGGUUGCAGUGGGGUUUCUGACCGUCGGGAACUGGUCAAUGUGGAAGCCAAUGUGGACAGUGGAAGUGAAAAAUGCUGGGGUUCGAAGUCGGUUGUGUUGGAGGAAUGGUGGAGUCUUCUCUGA